AGGCAGAAGUGGUCAUCACAGAAAGGUAGAGACAUGACUCCUGCUGCCUUCCUGGUUAUCCUGUGCUUGGGAGUUGUGUCAGGUGCCUCAGGAUUUGAUCUCAGUUUGGACAUCGAAUGGGAAGAGUGGAAGAUAAAAUAUGAAAAGUCAUACACUCUGGAGGAAGAGGUACUGAGGAGAACAGUAUGGGAAGAAAAUGUAAAAAGGAUUAAACUGCACAACAUGGAGAAUUCCCUGGGGAAGAAUACCUACACCAUGGAAAUAAAUGACUUUGCUGACAUGACUGAUGAAGAAUUCAAUGACAUGAUAAUUGGUAUUACAGUACCAGUCAACAACACAGGGAAAAGUCUCUGGAAACGUGCACUUGGUAGUCGUUUCCCUAACAAUUGGUAUUGGAAAGAUGCUUUGCCCAAAUUUGUUGAUUGGCGAAAUGAAGGCUAUGUGACUCCUGUGAGAAAACAGGGAAAAUGUAGUUCUUGUUGGGCUUUUCCUGUGACUGGUGCCAUAGAAGGGCAAAUGUUCAAGAAAACUGGCAAACUGAUCCCACUGAGUGUACAGAACCUAGUGGACUGUUCUAGACCUCAAGGCAAUAGAGGCUGUCGUUGGGGUAAUACGUACAAUGCCUUUCAGUAUGUUUUGCACAACGGAGGUCUGGAGGCUGAAGCAACAUAUCCAUAUGAACGAAAAGAAGGACUAUGCAGGUACAAUCCUAAGAAUUCAUCUGCUAAAAUCACAGGAUUUGUGGUCCUCCCAGAAAGUGAAGAUGUCCUAAUGGAUGCUGUAGCAACUAAAGGGCCCAUUGCUACUGGAGUUCAUGUUGUCUCCAGUAGUUUUAGGUUCUAUCAGGGAGGUGUUUACCAUGAGCCAAACUGCAUAAGUUCUGUGACCAGUUCUGUGAAUCAUGCAGUUCUGGUGGUUGGUUAUGGAUUUGAAGGAAAUGAAACAGAUGGCAAUAGCUACUGGCUGAUAAAGAACAGCUGGGGUAAACGAUGGGGAUUGGGCGGAUAUAUGAAGAUCGCCAAAGACAGGAACAACCACUGUGCAAUUGCUUCACUUGCCCAAUACCCUACUGUGUGAGCAGCCUGGUGUUCACAGGGAAGCAGGUGGCAUGAGACUCCAUUUCCAGAGGAGUGCCAUCCACUCCAAUGAAUGGCCUUUGAUGAGUAUGUUUAACUCUUGAGUUCCACAAAAUCCACGUUGUCUUGUGAACACUGAGAGCUUUCAAAUAUUUGACAUGAGCACUGUUAACAUUUGUUUUCACUAAUUAAUGCUCAUGUUUCCUAAAGUAACUUUAUCUUCAGUUUUAAUGCUUGUACAAAUAAAAUCCU